ACUGGCCUGCCGCAAAGGUGCCUGGGAAAUGGAGUUCCCAGGCAGGCACAGCCCACAGGCAGUCGGGAAGUCGGCAUAGGCUGCGCGGGCGCAGUCCUCCCUCUGGCGAGAGGAUGCGCGCGCAGCGCCUCCCGCCCUAGCGGAAGUUUCCGCAGGGCAACUGAGAAGGUGAGUCCCAGUUCCCCUGGAGGGUCAAGAGAGUCUGGCUGCAAAUAUCUGUCUGCCCACUCAGCUCGCCAAAUCCAGAGGACACAGUUAAGAUGGAGUUUCCAGCCCAGUGAAUCUGAGGGCCAGAUCGUGACCCCAUAAAGCAUGAUCUGUCCAGAUUGUGGCCAAGGUAUUGAAGCAACAUUCAAAUUCUGCCCCUACUGCGGAAAACCUUUGCCUGCAGAGAAGCAUGAGGGGUCCCAGUCCUUUGUCAAACCGUUUACAUCAUCCUCCCAAGGCUCAAGGAGAAAGACGAACACCAGUUCUGAAACAUCUUCCAAGAAAGUGAAAUGGUGCAGCUAUGCUGCCUCCCCCUCCUUACCCCUCCCCUCAGAAGGCAAGAGUUCUGGAUCUGAAGACACCUUGAGUACCAGUGGGAAACCCAAAGGGCACCUGAGCAGAUCCCCAGCUCCCUGUAGCAGCCCUCAGACGACCAGACAGAGCCCUCAGACCCUGAAGCGAAGCCGGAUGACCGCCUCGCUGGAGGCUUUGCCAGUGGGAACGGUGCUGACAGACAAGAGUGGGCAGCACUGGAAGCUGAGAUGCCUGCAGACCAGGGAUGACCAGGGCAUUCUCUAUGAAGCUGAGUCUGACUCCACCACUGGCAGCGAGUCAAGUCCCCAGAAACAAAGAUUCUCACUUAAACUAGAUGCCAAGGAUGGGCGCUUGUUCAACGAACAGAACUUCUUCCAGCGGGCUGCCAAGCCUUUGCAAGUGAACAAGUGGAAGAAGCUGUACUCAAUCCCCCAGCUGGCCAUCCCCACCUGCAUCGGUUUCGGCGUUCACCAGGACAAGUACAGGUUCUUGGUGUUUCCCACCCUGGGGAGGAGCCUUCAGUCGAUCCUGGAUAACUUCCCAAAGCACGUGAUGUCGGUGAGGUCUGUGUUCCAGAUGGCCUGCCGGCUGCUGGAUGCCCUGGAGUUCCUCCAUGAGAAUGAGUACGUUCAUGGCAACGUGACAGCUGAGAAUAUCUUUGUGAAUCCAGAGAACCUGUGCCAGGUGACCCUGGGAGGCUACGGCUUCACCUUCCGCUAUUCGCCAGGUGGCAGACACGUGGCCUACACCGAAGGCAGCAGGAGCCCACAUGAGGGGGACCUUGAGUUCAUUAGCAUGGACCUGCACAAGGGAUGCGGGCCCUCCCGCCGCAGUGACCUCCAGACCCUGGGCUACUGUUUGCUGAAGUGGCUCUAUGGGACCCUGCCAUGGACAAACUGCCUUCCCAACACCGAGGAGAUCGUGAAGCUGAAACAGAAGUUUCUUGACAACCCGGAGGGCCUCGUGGGACAGUGCAGUCGCUGGAUCACCCCCUCAGAGACCCUGCAGGAGUAUCUGAAGGUGGUGAUGGCCCUCCAGUACGAGGAGAAGCCGCCCUACUCCACACUGAGGAACGAGCUGGAAGCCCUGCUGCAGGACCUGCGGGCGUCCGCCUACGACCCCUUGGACCUCCAGGUGGUACCCUAGAACUUUCAGCCUGGAGUUUGAAAUAGAAGAAAAAAAAAAGGAGCUAUGUGACUCAAGGCCUGCUGUAGAAUCACAGAUAAGCGUCUCAAAAGAUCCCUCAAAUGUGCAUUCCUGCCACUUCUUUAGGUGAAACUGCUCAUCAUCGGUCUAGAUCAGCCUCAGGGAACCCGGAAGUUAGGCCCCAGAUACUGUGAACUCCCUCCUUUCGACUGUCCCUCCCUUCAGCUGUUGUCUCCCGCCAGCCCCUGAGGUUUUGGGCGGAGAAGACCCCUGGUUCACAGUCGGGGGUUGGGCUGGUCCCCUCAGUGGGGACACUGCCAUUGGCACCACUAUGCUUUGACAAUAAAUUGUUUCACUGGAA